AUGGAGACCGAUCCUCCCUCCUACGGGGCUUGGCCAUACAUCUUUUACCAUUUGCAUACAGUCGAUUGCAAACCACGGAUUUCCAGGCAAUCUCUCAUGAAAUCGUCUUCCCGGGUUUUGUCGGCGCGGACAAUGCACUAUCAAUUACUCACUCAUAUAUCCCUGGUCGUGACAAGCCUCGGUGGUCAUCCCAACGUCUACCCGAGACUCAAGGGAGCCCUCUCCCUGCCUAGCACAGUAGCAUUUCUUGUCUUGAGCCGCCGCGGUUGCUGCGAGAACCGCGAUCGUAGAAAUCAGCUUGAGAGCAGAAACCAUGAUGAUUGA